AUGAAUGUUGAGAAUAUUUUUGGAAAUGAAGAAGUAAAUGUAGAAGAAAUUGAAAAAUUAUCAAACAGUGAAAUAAAAACACGUGUAAGUUUAAUUGAUACUGAAAUAAAAAUAUUGAAGAAUGAACAUACGAGAUUAAAAAAUGAAUAUAAGAAUUUACAAGAAAAGAUAAAAGAUAAUGUCGAAAAAAUCCAUUUAAACAAAAUGUUGCCUUAUUUAGUAGCUAAUGUAGUGGAAUCAUUAGAUUUAGAAGAUGAAGAAGAAGAAAAUGAAGUAAAAGAUGAAUAUGAUUUAUAUGAUAAUAAUUUAAAAUUAAGUCAUGAAGGAUUUCGUGAUAUAGAUGAUGAGAAAAGAGGAAAAUGUAUGGUUAUUAAAACUUCAACUAGACAAACAAUAUUCUUACCAGUUCCAGGUUUAAUAGAUGCAUCUGAACUAAAACCAGGUGAUUUAGUAGGUGUUAAUAAAGAUAGUUAUUUAAUAAUUGAUAAAUUACCACAAGAAUAUGAUAAUAGAGUUAAAGCUAUGGAAGUUAUUGAAAAACCAUCAGAAGAUUAUUCUGAUAUUGGAGGAUUAGAUAAACAAAUCGAAGAUUUAGUAGAAGCUAUAGUAUUACCAAUGUUACAUAAAGAGAAGUUUGAAAAAAUCGGAAUAAAACCACCAAAAGGUGUAUUAAUGCAUGGACCACCAGGUACAGGAAAAACUUUAUUAGCUAGAGCUUGUGCAUCUCAAACCAAUGCUACUUUUUUAAAGCUAGCUGGACCACAACUUGUUCAAAUGUUUAUUGGAGAUGGUGCCAAAAUGGUUAGAGACGCUUUCAAUUUAGCAAAAGAAAAAGCACCCGCUAUUAUUUUUAUUGACGAAUUAGAUGCUAUUGGAACAAAAAGAUUUGACAGUGAAUUGUCAGGUGAUAGAGAAGUACAAAGAACCAUGCUCGAACUCUUAAAUCAAUUAGAUGGUUUUAGUACUGAUGAUACAGUUAAAGUAAUUGCAGCUACUAACAGACCAGAUACAUUAGAUCCAGCUUUAUUAAGAUCUGGAAGACUUGAUAGAAAAAUCGAAUUACCACAUCCUAAUGAAGAAUCAAGAGCAAGAAUUUUGCAAAUCCAUUCAAGGAAAAUGAAUGUCCACAAAGAUGUCAAUUUUGAAGAAUUAGCCAGAUCAACCGACGAUUUUAAUGGAGCGCAGUUAAAAGCUGUCUGUGUUGAGGCUGGAAUGAUAGCCUUAAGAAGAGGAGCAACCGAAAUUGAUCAUGAAGAUUUUGUGGAAGGCAUUACAUCGGUAUUGUCGAAAAAGAAGAGUACCUUGAAUUAUUUUACUUAA